UAGCUGCAGCCGUGACGCUUUUGUUCGCUUCCUUUGUUCGAUCCAUCCACCACUGGUUUCAGCUCAGAGAAAUCUGAAGGAAACAGAGUGAGCAGACUAGCGGAGGGAGGGGCUCGAGCUGGGCAGGGCAGGGAGAGAUGAAGCCCAGGCUGAGCGGCGGCGGCUUCCUCCUGGUCUUGCUGCUUCUGAAUUCUUGGAGAGCGGUGGCUCAGGCUCCGCCGCCGCCGCAGACUGAUCCGGUUGAAGCGGCGGCGGUGAACGCGAUCCUGAGCAAGCUUGGGCUGAGCGCGCCGGCGUCGUGGAACAUCAGCGGCAACCCCUGCAGCGGCGCGGCGACGGACGACACGCAGCUGGACGACAACCCGGCCUUCAACCCGGCCAUCAAGUGCGACUGCUCCGACCGCAACAACACGCUCUGCCACGUCACCAGAUUCAAGAUAAACAUGCUGGACGCGGUUGGUCCGAUUCCAGAGGAGCUGCGGAACCUCACUCAUCUCAGAAAGCUGGACUUGAGAAGAAAUUACCUCACUGGGCCGUUACCAGCAUUCAUUGGAGAACUAACUGCUCUGGAAUCCAUGACUGUCGGCAUCAAUGCAUUAUCUGGACCUAUCCCAAAGGAGCUUGGAAAUCUUGUCAAUCUCGUAUCACUGGCAUUGGGCUCAAACAAUUUUAACGGCACACUUCCUGAUGAGCUGGGCAAAUUGACAAAACUUCGACAAAUAUACAUUGAUAGUAAUGACUUCAGUGGUCCUCUACCAUCGACAUUGUCACAACUGAAGAACCUCUCAAUCUUGUGGGCAUCAGACAAUAAUUUCACUGGGCAGAUACCUGAUUAUCUCGGGAGCUUGACUAACUUGACUGACCUGAAGCUCCAAGGGAAUUCUUUUCAAGGUCCCAUUCCGAAAAGCCUUUCUAAUCUUGUCAAGUUAUCAAAAUUAAGAAUAGGCGAAAUAGUAAAUGGAAGCUCUCCACUGUCAUUCAUUGGCAACAUGACAUCUCUGGGUGAACUAGUGUUGAGGAACAGCAAGAUAUCUGAUACACUAGCAUCAGUAGACUUUUCCAAAUUUGGAAAUUUAAGCUUACUGGACCUGAGUUUCAACAAUAUCACAGGACCAAUACCUCAAUCAAUUUUGAAUCUUCCAUCGCUUAGUUAUUUAUUUCUUGGGAAUAAUAGCCUUUCGGGAAGUCUUCCUGCCACGAAAAAUCCCUUACUUACCAAUUUAGAUUUUUCAUACAACUAUCUCUCAGGAAACUUUCCUUCAUGGGCUACCAAGAAAAAUUUACAAUUGAAUUUGGUGGCAAACGACUUUGUAAUUGAUAGCUCCAAUAACAGUGUUUUGCCAUGGGGAUUGGACUGUCUUCAGCACAAUAUUCCUUGUUUUCUUGGUUCUCCACAGUCUGCCUCCUUUGCGGUGGACUGUGGUGGUAGUACAACCAUAUCAGGUUCAGACAAUUCUAUGUAUCAGGCUGAUAAUGCUACUCUUGGAGCUGCAUCAUACUAUGUUGCAGGUGCACCUACAUGGGGUGUUAGCAGCGUCGGAUUAUUCACGAAUGCACCCAAUGGAACUUACAUAAUCUACAGUUCGCGCCAGUUUGAUAACACACUAGAUUCUUCGCUGUUCCAAACAGCAAGGAUGUCACCAUCAUCUCUGAGAUACUAUGGCAUUGGACUUGAGAAUGGAAACUACACUGUUACACUUCAAUUUGCAGAGGUUGACUUUCCAGACAUAGAGUCUUGGAGAAGCAGAGGGAGGAGAGUUUUUGAUAUCUAUAUCCAGGGAGACCGCAAGGAGCAGAACUUUGACAUUAGGAUGGCUGCUGGAGGGAAAUCUUUUACUGUUGUUAAGAAGAAGUAUGUUGUUCCAGUGACCAAAAACUUCCUUGAGAUUCAUCUCUUCUGGGCUGGGAAGGGUACUUGCUGCAUUCCUUAUAAGGGAUACUAUGGACCUGCAAUAUCGGCUCUGAGUGCAACUCCAAAUUUUGUCCCUACAGUGCGUAGUUCUGCAGAUAGAAAGAGCAGCAGUAAAACUGGUGUGAUUGUUGGAGUUGUAGUUAGUGUUUCAGUUUUUGCAUUGAUCACAUUGGCUGGAAUCUUCUUAUGGUGUCAGAAAAGGAGAAAGCUACUACUAGAGCUAGAAGAAUUGUACACCAUAGUUGGAAGGCCAAAUGUCUUCAGUUAUAGUGAGCUUAGGUCAGCUACAGAAAAUUUUUGUUCUAGUAACCUACUUGGAAAAGGAGGAUAUGGAUCAGUUUACAAGGGUAAAUUGAGUGAUGGAAGAGUGGUGGCCGUGAAGCAGCUCUCUCAAUCCUCUAAUCAGGGGAAAAAGCAAUUUGCUGCAGAAAUAGACACCAUAUCUCGAGUGCAGCACCGUAACCUUGUGAGCUUGUAUGGUUGCUGCCUUGAGAGCAACACGCCAUUGUUAGUUUACGAGUACCUGGAGAAUGGAAGCCUUGAUCAUGCGUUGUUUGAGAAGGGAGGCUUGAACCUAGAUUGGCCGGCACGAUUUGAGAUAUGUUUGGGCAUUGCAAGGGGUAUCGCUUAUCUCCAUGAGGAGUCUACCAUCCGCAUCGUCCACAGGGACAUAAAGGCUAGUAAUGUGUUACUAGAUUCUGAUCUCAAUCCGAAGAUCUCCGAUUUUGGGCUUGCCAAGCUUUAUGAUGACAAAAAGACUCAUGUCAGCACAAGAGUUGCUGGCACAUUUGGUUAUCUCGCACCUGAGUACGCCAUGAGAGGUCAUAUGACUGAGAAGGUUGAUGUGUUUGCGUUUGGCGUGGUUGCAUUGGAGAUUGUUGCUGGUGAAUCAAACUAUCAAAAUACAUUAGAUGAAGACACGACUUAUAUCUUUGAAAGGGUGUGGGAACUGUACGAAAACGGGCGGCCGCUGGACUUCGUGGACCCCAAGCUGACGGAGUGCAACGGCGACGAGGUCCUGCGCGUCAUCCGCGCGGCGCUCCACUGCACCCAGGGCGCGCCCCACAGGCGGCCCCCCAUGUCGAAGGUGGUGUCCAUGCUCACCGGGGACGCCGACAUGACCGAGGAAGUGGCCAAGCCGAGCUACAUCACGGAGUGGCAGGUGAAGGCCGUCGGCAGCGGUAGCUUCACGAGCAGCCAGGUCGGGUCGUCGUCGACGACGACGCAGCCGUCCUCCGGCGUUCACGGUGGAGGCGGCGUCCAGGCGAGUCCGGAGCCUGGGGACGUCACGCCGGUGCUCCCGUCGCCGCUGUUCACCUCCAUCAUCGAUGAAGGCCGGUGACAAAGGGGCCAAUGCAAGGCCUGGCACCUCUUUUCGUUACAGUGGUGCUUUAUUGCUGGUUUCGUUACAGCUAUGGUAAUUUUGGAGGGGAGGAAUCGACCAUAAAACUUUUUUUUUUUAACGAGCCGUCAGGAGAGCUACUGCUAUAUUAAAAAAAUGGAGGAAUACUCGACUGCUAUAUUAAAAA